AUGUAUUAUGAAAAGGUCAGUCUAGCAGAUUCCCAGGGUGACCAUCCAGUCCCAAAGAAACGUAAAAAGUUACUCCAGGCUUCAAAGAAAAAAGGAUGUCAGGCCAAGAUAAUCAUGAAAGAUGUUGUAUUCUUCCAUGACUAUCAGGUGCAGAAAAACACAGAAAAACUGAAAAGAAAAGCAAGUGAACAUCUGAGGGAUGACAUUUCAGACGUUCCUGACAAAGUAAAAAAACAGAAACGGAUUUAUAUCUUGCUUCCAAAGAGUGAAGAUCACGAGUCAACACAUCUUACCGGACAACUGGCAGGCUUCAUGAAUCCUCUGUCCAAGGAAGUUCGAGAUAAACUUGGUGAACUUGUUGGGCAUGGUGUAACAAGUGUUUCAGAGAUGCGAAGACAUUUGCAUGUGUAUGUUGAUGCCUUGUUCUUUAAAGAUAUUAAGCGUCCUGCAUUGUCCGAUGCUGCCUACUAUCCAACAGACGAAACAAUCAGGACACACAUCUACCUUGCCCAGCUGAGGUUGAGAUACUCAAGGAUAGAUCAAGAAAAUCUCCUGCAAAAGGUAGCAGAGUGGCAAGACAAUUAUCCAAAGGAUAAUUUCAUCUUUAUGCCUGCCUCUGACUCUGCACCAACUGACAGAGAUAUUUUGAGGAACAUAGAUUGUGUGGAGCAAGAUGAUGAUGAUGAGGUCUAUCCUCAAACACAGACAGCAGAGACAACAGAAUUUUUCUUCUGUCACCAGAGUGAAUUUCAACGUCAUCUAUUGUACAGGUAUGGAAAUUCCCUGUGCUUGCUAGAUGCAACCUACAGAACCACAAAGUAUGCAUUGCCACUGUUUUUCCUUGCUGUCAAAACCAACGUAGGGUACAGUGUAGUGGCUGAAUUUAUUGUUCAGCACGAGACGAAGAGAUCAAUAAUGCAAGGCCUACAGACAAUAAAAACCUGGCUCCAUAAUGCACCAGACAGGCCAGCAGAGUGGUACUGGGAACCCAAGUUUUUUAUGACAGAUUUUUGUGAAAGAGAAAUUGUUGCAAUUGAGGAAAUUUUUCCUGAAAGCUUUGUUUUUAUCUGUGAUUUUCACAGAGAACAAAGCUGGAUUAGAUGGGUCAACAAGACAGACAACGGUCUUACUGAUUGCAAAGACCGUGUGCUGGGAAUGCUGAGGAGUUCUCAUGCAUCAUCAGAAAAGGAGUACACAGAGGUCAUCAUGAACUUGGAAAGUUCCGAUAUUUGGGCCCGGAACAAUCGCCUAAGGAACUGGUUCACAAAAACUUGGAUGACUGAGAAAAAGGUUUUUUCAAGUACUGAUAUUCCAAUUAAUAGUGGUGAUUUAAUCAGUUAA